CGGCUGUUCAAAAUCCUCCAUUCUCCACGCCAUGUCCAUGUCAACAUCCUUCCGGGACAUCUUCCCAGCGAGUAAAUCUAACGUUCCACACAUCAAUCGGGUUCAACAGCUUCUGAUUGCCAACGUCCGCCUGGAAAGAAUCCCCAAGGACCAAAGAAUGUCGACAUAGUGCCUUGACCUUCACCCGCAAACGCACUUCGGAUACAGCCGCCCACUAUCAAACCAUCUAGUACGCAUAGCUGUACUCUGUGCCAUAGACCAAUAAGUCUCAACCCCUCAAGCGUCACUCCCUUGAUUCCCUUCGCCUCCAAGGCCCUGGCGCCCACUCCCCAAUCCCACCGGAAGUCUCGAACUCGGACGGGACAUAUCCGCCGCUGCCUGGCUACCGAUUUCCGGGGUACAUUGAGCCACCAACCGGUCCAGAUCCAUCGCCGCGUCCGUCACCGUCACCAUCACCGUCACCGUCACCGACGACAAGGCUACCUUCCAUCCUUGACCGACGGCCACACCUCACCAAAACCUCACAAGCCAGCAAUACCGCCCUUCGCACAUUUCGCCUCUCAUAUCCAACUCCGUACUUGAGGUCCGGCGGAGCGGUGACAUGCGGCCUCACUCUCCUGCGAAACCAGGAUGCAGCAGCAGCAGCCAGAACAAAUCGAAAACUCCAGCCGUGCAUCUCGUUUGCCUGUCAACCCGCGACGGCACAAGGUAGCCCCAGAGCAACGGAAGCGUGUUGCAACAGCGUGCAACAGCUGCAAUGUCCGCCGCAUCAAAUGCUCCGGUGAGAGACCGUGCCGCCAAUGCCGCAGCUCAUCACGAGAAUGCCAGUAUCCCACCGUGAUCGAGAAAGUCUCCGUGGCUCGGAACGAUCUAGAUGAUCUGAGGAGGAAGCUUGAGAUUGCAGAACGGGCUCUGCAGAUUGCCGUACCCGACGACAUCGCGAGACGGCAACUGUUGCAACAGGAUGUCGACGUGAAGGGAUCUCGUGCCGGCUCGGCUCCGUCCAUUACACCCCCAGAGCCCCAUGAUUCUUACGGGGAAGCGAGUAACGAGAUUGUCGCUGAGACCGCCGAUGGACGCCCACUGCACGACCAGGAUGGAAGAACCCGUUUUCUUGGCGAGACCUCUGGCGCAACAUUCCUUGACUACCUCAAGGAGUUCAUGUCCACCGUCUUGCCACUUGCUUUCAACCCGCAGUGGCUGUCACCUACGCCAAAUAGCGGUUUGACAUUUCUUUCUUCCCUUGGGAGUUAUCAGACAUACGACUCUCGUCCCAUAGAGGUUGAGUCGAACGCGGACCCUCUCUCACUGCCUUCUCGGGAAGAAAUGGCUGCUAUGCUCGCCAGCCUCCGAUACUUCAUCCAAGACGGCAACGGCGACUUCCCGUGCGGCGGCAUCUACUGGUGGGGCGAUCUUAGCCAACCACCGCAAGCGCCCCCCGUGUCUGGCGACGCGAAGCCCGAGGUGUUUCCGUCCGGGAGCUCUCAACAGGUCGUCUCCGACAACUAUCGUCAUCUUGCAUUCUACCAUACCGCCUUUGCCGUCGCCUGUCAGGCGAAUACCACGGCGAGUUCGAUGCCGGUCCCAAAAGAUUUGAGCCAGAGUUACUUCGCCCGCGCCCGCCUUCUCCUAGGUAACCCUCUCGAUAUUACCCGGUAUACCAUCAGCGACGUUGCUGUUCUAGCACUGAUGGGCUUCUACCUUAUCGAGAUGAACCGCCGCGAUGCAGCCUACGUCUACGUAAGCAAUGCCAUGCAUAUAUCCAUUAUGCACGGCGCCCAUCGUGGCUGGGUCGACGAGCGUGGGAAACGCGUUUUCUGGACUCUUUAUAUUCUCGAUCGCUGGUUGAGCUGUCUCAUGGGCCGUCCUCCUAUCAUCAUGGACGAUGCUAUCCGGCUACCACUGCCUUGCGAUGAUCUUGAGAAGCCAGGGUCUUUACCCCCUGCAGCCGGCCUUCGAGCCCACGUCGAGCUGGCCCGCAUUUCGGGCCACAUUGUCUGCAACACGUAUAGAGUCGCCCCCUGGGAUCGUGGUCCCGGAGGUGCGGCGCGGCACAUCGACCGAGCGCUGCAGUUGCUCGGGAGCUGGCAGUCAUCACUGCCGCCUGCCCUGCAAAUGUCUACGUCUCAUCCAAGUAGCGAUCCCUCAUGCUGUCUCCUGCAUAUGGCAUACAACCAGCUUCUCAUCCUUGUCGUCCGCCCCAUCUUCUUCGCUGCUGUCAAAAAGACCUUUGCCGAACGCUACAUCACCUCAGACCGCCGUUGGGAAUUCUCGCACCACGCAGACCGCAUAAGCUCCUGCUCAAAGGCGGCGCAUGGAAACUUGUACCUCGCUCGUUGGCUGAUGCGUCUCAACGGUGGCACUCGCAAGUUUUUGCAAGCGGGGUUGCACUACAUAUUCAACGCCGCCAUUAUUCUCAUGCUGGAAGAGCUUCUCGUCUUGCCAGCCGCGGAGCCCGAUGAUAUUAACGUCAACUUUGCCAUCGGCGUCUUUGAAGAAGAGGCCAAGACAGAGAGCAACUACGCUCGGGACUGCGCUACCGUCCUGAAAGACCUCCAGUCUAUAGUUCAGCGGUUGCGACUGGACAGCCAAGCUGUCUAUACCGCCCGCGCUGGUGGUGUCAGCGGAGGUCCUUCUACCCCUGGCCUAACGUCGGACGACAUAACGAACGUCAGCAGCAGCAUCAACACGCCAUCCACCUCAUAUUCUCAGCAGUCUCAACAUCAAACCUUCCCGCCCGGCCCAAGCCAUGUAUUAUAUCCCAUGACAACGGAGAGUGGCGCGAUAUAUGAAGAACUCGUGGCUUGGGUUGAACACAAUGACGCACAAUUGUACAGCAAUAACUAUUCCAUAUAAACCAUCAUAUAAACAAGAGCCUAAGGAUUUCAGAAAUGUAAGAGUAAUUUCGCUCGAUGGUGACCAGUGAUGUCUCGAGAGAGAAAAAAAGAGCUGAAGAUUUAUUGAAGUAGGAAUAAUGGAAUUCGUUUGGAAAAAAAACAGAUAAACUCC